UCUAAGUCUGCAGUUUGUAAAUUGUAUGCCGCCACGUUGCCGUCUUUCGAUUUAAAUUUCGCCAAACGAAACAAAGUUUUCAAAAACCAUGCAGUGAUAUUUUGUAGCAAUCUGACAAAAUAGCCGAUUUCAAACUAGCGCAAACCAUAAACGUAACAAGAAUACAUUUCCAUCAAAGCAAUUGGCUCAAAGUGAUAGCAAAUAGGACUCUUUACCGCAGUGAAUUUCGCACUUCCACGUUGGUUCGUCCAGUUCUGUAAGACUGCCAGGCUGUAAAUUGUAACGGCGCUGCCGUCGCCGCUUUAUUUUUGCUAGUCUUUUCGUUCUCCCGAUCCAUCCAAGUGUUACUACGUGAAAGAAGAAGUGACCUUCGGCGACAAGAUCAUCACGGAGAUCAUACCAAUAGAGAUUAAUCAAAAUCAAUUCAAUGAAUGGAGCAAAAUGUUAUCAAGAUUUAAGCUCCAGAAGUGAUUACUAACACAAGCCCACUGUGAGCUCCAAACAUGGAAGAUCAACACUCAAAAAAGUCCACCCUCUUUUGUUCACCUUUCCGUUGGGGUUUUGUCCUGAUGUUACUCAUGGGAUUGAUGGCGAUGGUUCUAAAUUUUCAAUGGAUGAAGUUUGGAGAUGAAACAGAUGGAACAUGGAAGAAAUAUCCAGAUCCAAAGUUUAAUCACACAGCAGAGCAGCUAAAGGAGGAAACUCCGUCAUCUUGGACUGACAGACUUUUAAAAUGUGGCUAUCAAAUUCACAGAUUCACCCCUGAAGAAAGAUCAGAGGGUGCGGCUCUGAUCAAAAUGAUUGAAUGGCCAAAGCCUCCCAGACCCAAUGUGCCUUUUCAGAAAAGCAGUGACCCAUCACAUGCAUAUUUUGUUAUUUUAAAUUCUGGAAAAACUUUCUAUGUUGGAGAUCAGUUACAGGUGAUGGUGCGUAUGUACGAUUUUGAAGGAAAUCCGAAGCAAUACGGGGGUGACUAUCUGCAAGCCCGGAUCCACACUCCAGAGUUGAAAGCCGGUUCAGCAGGAAUGGUUAUAGAUCAUCAAAAUGGAACUUAUCACAUCAAUUUUACCUUAUUCUGGCCAGGAAAUAUCCAUAUAUCUGUUUCUUUGGUUCAUCCCAGUGAAGGGGUUCAAGCCCUUAAAAGAAUACGGAAGGAAAACCCAGACAGAGUGUAUUUUAAAAGUACUUUCAAAUCGGGGAAUACCUUGCAGAUCAUUGUAUGCAAUUUCUGUUUGUCUCAAACUAAACCACUCUGUAACUUUACUGAUCUCAGGACUGGGGAGCCCUGGUUCUGUUACAGACCAGAGAAGCUUCCCUGCUCAUCUCGUGUCAACCAUGCGAUGGGAGGUUAUAAGAAGGACCUCUUAAUUGGAGAAGAAUUGCAUUAUUUUCAAAGUCAGAAAAAUAUCAAGAGGCCAAUAUUACCCAAAGAUCAAGGUUAUGUAAUUGUAAAGCCUUCACCUCAUUCAGGCAAAAAUCUCAAUGAAUGUCUCCCUGGCAAGCCAUUCCUUUCACCAGCUGGAUUUUAUUAUCAGGAUAAAUGGAUAUCAAAGACCUGUAGACUUCAAAACUUUGACACGCCAGCAAAUGUUAUCAACUGUCUUCGUGGGAAAGUUGUUUAUAUUUUUGGAGAUUCCACUAUACGCCAGUGGUUUGAGUAUUUGAUACAUUUUGUACCAGGCCUCAGAAAGUUCGAUCUGGGCCACCCAUUGAAAACUGGACCCCAUCUUGCUCUGGAUGUGGACAACAAGAUCAAGAUAGAUUAUUUUGCACAUGGGAAACCAAUACGCAUCCAGCCCAUAUCGAGUCAGGACCUGCAAUUCAUUGCAAAUAAAUUGGAUGACAUUCAAGGAGGAAAGAACACAGUUAUAGCCUUCACGAUCUGGUGCCAUUUCAAUACUUUUCCGGUAGAGCAUUACAUCCGACGACUACAGAACAUUCGAAGGUCAAUUCUACGCUUGCUGGGUAGAAGUCCUGAUACAGUAAUUGUAAUAAAGACAGCCAAUGUCCAGGCCCUUUCACAGGGGAUUAGUCUCUAUAAUAGUGACUGGUUCUCCUACCAGCUUGAUUUAGUGAUGAGAAGGAUGUUUGAGGGCAUCAAUGUGGCAUUUGUGGAUGCAUGGGAGAUGACUAUAGCCCACUAUCUGCCACAUGAACUACACCCCAAGGAAAUCAUCAUCAAGAAUGAAGUAUCUGUGUUCCUUUCAUAUGUGUGUCCUUUGAAAAAGGGUUAAAAUGCUACCUGAACCUUUUUCAUCCUGAGAAUGCUAUAUGUUUAUAAUUUGAAUUCCAAGAACAUUUUUUUUAAAUUAUGUCAUUCAGGUCCUUUGAAAUAAUCAAAAAAAUUGUAAACUCUUCCCUUUCUGUUCUGAUUUUAAAAUUAAUAAUUUUCCACAUUAUGAUCAGGACUUAGGUGAAACAAUAGGAGUGUGGUACAUUGUGAAUCUAUUGGGAAAAAGUUGCUGAAUCAAGUUAAUACAGAAUGGAAUCAGAAUCAGGUUAAGGUUUAUUAUUCCUGAAUCAUGAUGUGAAAUUUAUUGUUCUGUAGCAGCAGUACAGUGCAAAGACAUUAUUUUAUAAAUUGCAAAAUAAAUAAAUAUUGUAAAAAGAAUAAUGAGGUUAUGAUCAAAGACUGGAUGAACGUGGCUCUUUCGGCUUCUGUACAGUACUGGGUAAAAAAUCUUAGGCACAUAUAUAUUGCUAAGGGGCCUUUUGCACAGUACUGUAUUUCUCAAUGAGGAGCAUUGUUAAUCUGGCGGGAGCAAAACAUGUCGGGAAUGACAAAGGUGGAGUCCCACAGGAGAGGUGUGGGACAGGUGGCAGAGAAGGAGUUCCGGGGGCGUUGGUGCAGGUGCAGACACACACAGACCUGAGACACCAGGCAAAGUCACUUGAUUCCAAACAAUUGUUUUAUUGAUCAUCAUAAAAUGUCUUUCUGGUGCUUCCUGCUCCCUCCCUUUUCCCUUCUCUUUUUCCCAACCACAAUUCCCCUCCCCCUGUCACCCUUCCCACUUUCAGUCCACAAUAGAGACCCAUAUCAGAAUCAGGUUUAUCAGCAUUCACAUGUGUUAUGAUUUUUUUAUGUGAGGCAGCAGUAGAGUGAAAUACAUGACAUUACUAGAGUACUGUAUAAAAGUCUUGGGCACCCUAGCAAUAUAUAAGACCAUAAAACCAAAAGAUAUAGGGAAAGAAUUAGGCCAUUUGGCCCAUUGAGCCUGAUCUGUUAUUUCAACAUGGCUGAUUCAUUUCCCUCUCAGCCCCAAUCUCCUGCUUUUUCCUUUCCUUGUAUCCCUUCAUGCUCUGACUAAUCAAGAAUCUAUCAACCUUUUCCUGUUUGAACUGCUUCCGUCUGGUAGGCGCUUCAGAUCCCUCCAGACUAAGACUAAUAGGCACUGGAGAAGUUUUUUCCCUACUGCGGUCACUUUGCUGAACAGUUAACUGCCGGUUAACUGUCAGCUAACUAUUACUUGGGUUGCACUACUUGAAUGUAUAAUCUAUAUUUUCAUUUAUAUUUAUUAUUAUUAUUGUUAUGAGCAGAGAGACAACAUCUGCUGGAAGUAAAUUCCUUGUAUGUGUACAGGUACUUGGCGA